CCCUACGUGUGUGUUUUGUUUUUUUUGUGAUUCGAUUGACAGUUGGUUUUGGAGUUAUGUUUAUUUGGCGCAAUUAAAAAAGAUUAAAAUGAACACGCUUCGCCAAACAUCAUGGACCAAGCAUUUGAUAUCGGUGGCAUGAGAAAAGCAACAUGGUGGGCCACUGGCUGGCUGCCUUCCCGCUCCUCCUGCUCCUACACCACACUGAAAUGAGACCGGAGGAUGACCACCGAUCGAAGCACCACCAUCGCCACCGACACAAAUCCGACCAAACCCAGGACUUUGCCAUCUUCCCCAUCUUCAACGAUGACCUGUCAUACCAGAGCUUAGUCUUAGAGGAGCGGAAACGUGAUUGGAUGAAUAUGUCCAACGAUCAAGUUGGAGAAAUGAACAAGAAACAUCCCCAUUGGCCGAUAAAAAGAGAGGCUGUCAUCGAAGGUGAUCUGGUGCUAGGGGGUCUGAUGAUGGUUCAUGAAAGAUCUGAUAACAUGACAUGUGGGCCAGUGAUGCCGCAGGGAGGUAUCCAAGCUUUGGAGACGAUGUUGUAUACCCUGGAUUAUAUCAAUGACUUGAAGUUGAUCCCUGGCGUGACCUUAGGCACUCAUAUUUUGGAUGAUUGCGAUAAAGAUACGUAUGGGCUGGAGAUGGCUGUGGAUUUUAUCAAAGGGUCGAUAAGCAACAUCGACGAUGCUGAAUACGCCUGCAACGCUACUGCAGUGAGGAAGGUGAUAUCCGGCGUGGUCGGAGCGGCGUCCAGCGUCACUUCGGUCCAAGUCGCUAACUUGCUUAGGCUGUUCAAGAUACCACAGGUGUCGUUCUUCUCAACCUCCCCCGAGCUGUCGAACAAGGCUCGCUUCGAGUACUUCACGCGGACCAUACCCUCGGACCUGUUCCAAGUCAGGGCCAUGGUGGAGAUCGUCAAGAAGCUCAACUGGAGCUACGUGUCCAUCAUCUAUGAAGAGUCCAGCUACGGCAUCAAGGCAUUUGAAGAGUUAGAAGCACUGCUGGGAAGGAGUGGAAUCUGCAUCGCUGUGAAAGAGAAACUGGUGAAAGACUCCGGUGUUGCUGCAGAGACGGUGUACGACGGUAUCGUUCAGAAGCUGCUUACCAAGCCUAGGGCAAGAGGUGCCAUAAUAUUCGGUUCGGACCAAGAAGUGGCCGGCGUGAUGCGGGCUGUGGAGCGCAUCAACGCUACUGGCUCAUUCUCCUGGGUGGGCUCCGACGGGUGGAGCGCGCGCUCGCUGGUCUCCGACGGCAACGAGCGCGCGGUGGAAGGCACCAUCAGCGUGCAGCCGCAGGCUAACGACGUCAGCGGCUUCAAGGAGUACUUCCUGAGUCUUAAUGCGAAGGAUAAUAGGAGGAAUCCGUGGUUUGUAGAAUUCUGGGAAGACCACUUCCAAUGCCGGUACCCGGGCAGUCCUCGGACGCCGUACAACGUGAAGUAUACGAAGCCGUGCUCCGGGACGGAGCGGCUGACGGUGGACAAUACCGAGUUCGAGGGACAGCUGCAGUUCGUCUCCGAUGCUGUCAUGGCGUUCGCUUAUGCUAUCAGAGACAUGCACGCCGAGGUUUGCGGCAGACCAGGCCUAUGCGAGGCCAUGAGGCCUGCCAGCGGUUCGGAACUCUUGCGCUUUUUGAGAAAAGUGGAGUUUACUGGUCUAAGCGGCGACGAGUUCCGCUUCGAUGGCAACGGGGACGGCCCGGCGCGCUACAACAUUCUACACUUCAAGCAGGUCUCCAGAGGCAACUACCGCUGGCUCAAGGUCGGAGAGUACCUGGACGGGGAGCUACAGCUGGACCUGGACGAAAUCCAAUUCAAGUUGGACUCUCGUCGGCCCCCCGAGUCCGUGUGCAGUGCUGAGUGCGAGCUAGGACAGGCCAAGCAGUACGUAGAGGGAGAGAGCUGCUGCUGGCACUGCUUCAACUGCACGCAGUACGAGAUACGUUCACCAGAGGUCGAGACGGCGUGCGUCGUAUGCAGCCGAGGCACACUACCCGACCCUACUAGGACACACUGUAUGCCAAUACCCGAGGCAUAUCUGCGACCUGAUUCUGCAUGGGCUAUUGGGGCAAUGUCGUUCUCUUCUGUUGGCAUCUUGGUCACAGCUUUCGUGUGUGGUGUGUGGGUGCGGCACAGUUCGACGCCCGUCGUCCGCGCGAGCGGGAGGGAACUAUCGUACGUCCUGCUCGCCGGCAUACUGAUGUGCUACCUCGUCACCUUCGCGCUGGUCUUCCGUCCCACGGACAUCCUGUGCUCCAUUCAAAGGUUCGGCACCGGUUUCUGCUUCACUGUGGUGUACGCCGCUCUGCUCACGAAGACGAACCGCAUCUCCCGCAUCUUCAACGCCAGCAAGCAUUCGGCCAAGCGGCCUAUCCUCAUAUCGCCUAGCUCGCAGCUCGCGAUAUGUGCGGGCUUGGUGUCUAUACAGGUGCUAAUAGUAGUGGUAUGGAUGAUAGUGGCCCCGGCCCGGGCCAUGUUCCACUACCCGACGAGAGAAGACAACAUGCUGGUAUGCGACUCGUACGUGGACGCGUCGUAUAUGAUCGCGUUCUUCUACCCCAUCGUGCUCAUCCUCGUCUGCACGGUGUACGCUGUGCUCACGCGCAAGAUACCGGAGGCUUUUAAUGAGAGCAAGCAUAUCGGGUUCACCAUGUACACGACAUGCGUGAUCUGGCUAGCCUUCGUGCCUCUCUACUUCGGGACCGCGAGCCACGUGCCCCUGCGAGUCACCAGCAUGGCUGUCACCAUAUCGCUUAGUGCCAGCGUCACCCUCGUCUGCCUGUUUUCACCUAAGUUGUACAUAAUCCUGAUCCGGCCCGAGCGCAACGUGCGCCAGAGCAUCAUGCCGGUCCGCUACAGCAGAAAACCGGCGCCCGCGCAUGCCGUGCCCCGCUCGGCGAGCAAGCGAGCAAUAUGUGCCGACAAGGAAACCCAGACGGAACCAGCAGACUUCACCAAGCUAGCCAACGGUCAAACGUGCCAACUAGUCGACAAAGAACAGAAAGAGAAAGAAGACAAAAUUAGUAACGUCAAGAUAAUUAAUAACAAGCCAGAGGCGUUAUAGCAACGAAAGUCAACGAAAUCAUUGAACGAGUACCCUAGAGUAAAUAAUAACGAUGUUUUAAAGAGGAGAUCGUGUUCUUGCAAGGGCAGGUCACGGAAACCGGUUGUUGUAUAAAUUGUUUUUUUCUUUACACCUUUAAAAAUGAAAAAAAAAUGUAAUUACCUACUAACCACACAUAGACCACCUGUAAUUGUCAUGGUUAAAACAGUGUGGGGCACAAGUACAUAUUAGCUUUUUAAAGAAUUUCGGACUAUUCCAUCUUAUAAUUAACAGUCUAUCUACCUACAUAAUGUAGGUACCUACUCUUCUGCUACAUAACCAAUCGGAGUGUAAUGUCUAAAAAUAGCGUAAUUGAGAUUUUAAACCCUCUUGGAUUCCUUAAAAACUUGUUUGUUGACAGCUGUCACCGUACCUCAUCUAUGUGAAAAAUACUAUAAUUUGUCAUCUAUCUAUUGAUCAACCUAUAAAUCUAUACUUACUAUCUUUACCUUCGUCAAUCCUUCGAAUUCUCCUAUGUUUUUUAUCCUUACUAGCCAUACGUACUAUAUAAUAUUAUUAUAUUAUAAAUGCGAAGGUGUGUCUGUCUGUUACCUCUUCAUGCUUAAAAACCGUUGAACUGAUUUAAACAAAAUUACGUAUGGAGAUAGUUUGGGCCCCAAGAAAGGACAUAGGUUAGUUUUGUCAAUAAUCAUCAUCAUUCCACGCAGACGAAGCAGAAGCUAAAAAUAAAUAUUAAAAGUAACUGUCCGUCUGUUUAUCUAAAUACCUCUUCACACUUUAGACCGCUCAACCAAUUUAGAUGAAGUUUAGUAUGCAGAUAUUUUUUAGGCCGGGGAAGAACAUAGGAUAGUUUUUAAGGUUCCGUAGGUACCCAAUGGGUAAAAUUGGGACCCUAUUACCAAGACUCUACUGUCCGUCUGUCCGUCUAUGCGUCUAUCCAUCCGUCUGUCUGUCACCAGGCUAUAAAUCAUGAACCGUGAUAACUAGACAGUUGAAAUUUUCAGAGAUGAUGUAUUUCUGUUGCCGCUGUAACAACAAAUACUAAUAAAAACAAGAUAAAAUAAAUAUUUAUGUGGGGCUCCCAUUCAAUAAACGUGAUUUACCGUUUUUUUCGUAACGGUACGGAAUCCUUCGUGCGCGAGUCCGACUCGCAGUUGCCGGGUUUUUAUCAAUCAUCAUCAUCAUUCCACGCAGACGAAGUCACGGGCAGAAGCUAUACUUAUUAAAUAAAUACUACAUAAUCUUCCUACUGUUUAAUAAUAAGAAUAAGUAAUACCUACCUAUACCUAUACGAAAUAUAUUAAUGUAAUUUUUAUCGUGUAUAUAUAAAAGAAACG